GCGGCGGGCGGGGCCGGGGCAGUCGGUACGCGCUCGCCUUCCGCCUCAGAGCAGGGGCGGCCGCGGUCGGGCCUGUGCCGGGCGGCUGUGGCACCGCCGUCGCCGCUCUUCGGCUGCGUAACUCUUCCCCCGGCCCGUCCCUUCCCUUCCCCUCGGGCCCAGCGGCGGCGAUGGGUUCCCGGGCGUCCACUCUGCUGCGGGACGAGGAGAUCGAGGAGAUCAAGAAGGAGACGGGCUUCUCACACAGUCAAAUCACCCGCCUGUACAGUCGCUUCACCAGCCUGGACAAAGGAGAAAAUGGCACUCUUAGCCGUGAAGAUUUCCAGCGGAUUCCAGAGCUUGCCAUCAAUCCACUCGGAGACAGAAUUAUCAAUGCCUUCUUUCCAGAAGGAGAGGACCAGGUGAAUUUCCGUGGAUUCAUGAGGACACUAGCCCACUUCCGACCCAUAGAAGAUAAUGAAAAGAGCAAAGACCAGAAUGGACCAGAACCACUGAACAGCAGAAGUAACAAGCUCCACUUUGCUUUUCGAUUAUAUGAUCUAGAUAAAGAUGACAAAAUUUCCAGGGAUGAGCUUCUCCAGGUAUUACGGAUGAUGGUUGGUGUAAAUAUUUCUGAUGAACAGCUGGGCAGCAUUGCUGACAGGACAAUCCAGGAAGCUGAUCAAGAUGGAGAUAGUGCCAUCUCCUUUGCAGAAUUUGUAAAGGUUUUGGAGAAGGUGGAUGUAGAGCAGAAAAUGAGCAUUCGAUUCCUUCACUGAUGGAUGGAGAGCCUAUUCCUUUCUACUCCAACUAUGUAAUGAAUAGAACUUCAUUUUCUCCUUAGCACCAUACCCCAGAGCAUUGCUACUGGUGCAUAUACAGUACAUCUCCAACCCCUCCCUGAUUUGUUCUCCCAAUGUCAACAUUCCCUGUGCUACAGGAACGAAGGGAAAUGGCUGCCAUGCAACUUGGAAAAGCUUUUUUUAAUGCUGUCCAUCCUGGGUUUUUUGCCCUUUUUCUUGUCUCCUUCUGCACUACCGUUUCAGUAAAAAUGUCUCUCCUUAAAACACUACUGUUUAAUCUACAAACUGAUUCUUCUGAGCUCUGAAUCUGAGAAUAGAAAAACAGAACAUGCCACAGAAGUGCCCUCUGAAACAUUUCAGAGACAAGCAUCUACUCAAAUACUAGGUGCAUUGAUAAUGAUUCACUUCUGCCACAUUACAGCUGCCUUUUUUUAAAAAGUAUUUUUGCCCCUUUCCCAUUUGGCUCUUUACAUGCAGACUUGUUUCUUCAGUGCUUCUAAGUCUGCCUUUUACUUGAGAACGUCUCAAUUUCUCUGGCUUCAUUGUACAACUAGCACAAAUGCAUGAUGAUAGCCAAGAGUACUUUAAAGUCCUGUGAAUAGAUUUUGUUCUUUGUGGAAUGAAUUCACAGGGACAAUAGUAGAAUCUAUGGUGGGGACAGGCUGUGGUAUUCUCAAAAGGAAUAGGAAAUCUGCACUAUGUCACUUGAACUGUUCUAGCAGCAGAGGCAGAAACUUGUUUCUUUCCUUUGCAUAGCUUGCAGGCUUGACAGCUGGUGGACCAUGAAGUGUCCUCUCCAGAAUGUUUUCAUCUAAGAUCCCUCCCCUCAUCAGGGUGGUUUUGCUUCUGAAAGUGUAAAUUUGUUUACCAGUGUACAAAAUGCAAGAAAACCAGUUGUGCUAAAAUCUGGAUUUGUAGUUCUGUAACUGCCCCUGGUAACAGUGUCAUGAAACACAAAAUUGUGAAACUUGAUUUUAUAGGGUUUUUUCCCCAAUUAUAGUGGCCUGCAUAAUGAGUAAUUAUUUAUAUUUUCCAGUAUGAAAGUCCUAGUCUGUUAUAUUUGUGUUGAGGGUGGUAGCUCUAUUUAAGAAAGCUCUGGCAUAAGAAUACAAUUUGGGAAAGAUCAUAUUAUCCCAAAUAUUUCAGAAUGUAUUUCUAUACAAAUCUCUUUGCAAGUGUAAGAUGAUUAAUACUAUUAAUGUAAUGCUGAUAAAUUAAAGAGAUCGGAAUCCUUGAAGGUUCAAUAGUAACAAUUUUCUGUGGCUAGAUUGACAAAUGAUCUCGUGUAGUUCAGCUGGAGCAUUCCACAAUGAGGGAGAUACUUCCAAUAAAACCAAAAAAUCCUGGGAGCUUGUUUGUUGAAGAAUCGGUGUUAUAACUGCUUCUCUGUCAUGUGUUAACAUUUCUAUAAAUACUUACCAGUCUCAAAACUACUGUUAAAUGUGCAUUUCCCUUUUUUCUCAGUUCCUUCAAUCAUCACUUUCAUUGAAAAAUAACAUGCAAGUCUCUGAAGGAUUUUUGAUUUGUUAUAAAUAAAGGAAUUCAAAAGUAAAAUGUUGCACUUCAUAGUUUUGCAGAGUGCAGCACAGUUCCAGAAAGAAAUGUAAAUUAAAAAGCUCUAUUCUGUAUGAGAAUGAAACAUUAUACUUUUAUAACUGCCUCAUGUAAAAUAGGAAUGUAACAGUACUAAUGAAAAGUAAAAAUUGCUUGUGGCUUUGUGAUUUGCUUAGAAGUAGGUGUUGCUGUCUUCUGACACUAUAGUUGUAACCUACAGUUGUGCCUUAUUGUCCCAGUGAGACUGGAUAUUGUAUUUAUCAAUCCAUAAAUAAACCUUCUACUGUAUAAACAAAAA